AUGUCCCAAGACCUCUUUACCGGCCUGGGCUCCAUGCCAGGCAGCAACCCCCUGCAGCAUGUCGAGCCCCUGGGCCCCUUUGCACUGCUGCUCUCCGCUGCAUUGGUCCUCGUGAAUGCCGCCAUCUCUGUCCGCUUCUCCCUCGGCCUCCAUAGGACGCUCCUUGUAGCCUCCAUCAGGUGCAUACUGCAGCUGAGCCUCCUGGGCUAUGUGCUGGCGCCCCUGUUCCACUUCAACACCUGGUGGCUGGUGCUCCUCUACGCAGGCGCCAUGCUGGCAGUGUCUUCUGCCGAGACCGUCUCCCGCCCGAGCGCCUCCUACAAGGGCAUGCUGCUGCACGUGCUGGGCUCUCUGGGGGCAUCAACCGGAGCGGUGAUGGUGUAUGCGCUGCUGCUGGUGCUGCGGCCGCGCCCCUGGUGGGACGCCUCCUAUGCCAUCGCCGUGCUGGCCUACCUGCUCGCCAACUCGCUGUCCUGCGUCUCCGCCGGCCUCUCCAGCGUCAUCCAGGAGCUCACACUAGGGCGGCUGCAUGUGGAGCAGAUGUUGACAGUGGGCGCCAGCCGCUGGGAGGCCACACAGGGAGUGGUGCAGCGCUCCAUCAGCGCGGCUUUGGGCCCCAGCCUGGCGCACAUGGGCGCUGCCGGCAUUGUCACCCUGCCCUCCUUCAUGAGCGGCCAGCUGCUCGGCGGCGUUCCCCCCAUCCAGGUGGCAAGGUACCAGAUCGUGGUGAUACUCCUGUCGGCGGCGGUGGCGGGCCUGGCCAGCACAGCGACUGUGCUGCUGGCAGUGAAUGCCAUCGUAGACCAGCAGCACCGCAUCCUUGGGGAGCGCCUGCGUCCGCGCUCCGGCCAAUCGGGCGUCGCCACCUGGGUGCAGGCACAGAUGGCCAAGGGGUGGCAUGCAGCGCGCAGCGGCACGCGGCGGCUGGUGACGAGGCUGCGGCUGGCUUCCCGGCAGCGCGCCAGCUGGCAGCCGGCCCCGCAGCCGCGCUCCUGGCUCGGCCGCUCCGCUCUCGGCCGCCGCGUCUUUGGCGGUGCUGCGGCGGAGGACGAUGACGUGCUGUCGAUAUCGAGCCGGCUGCGCGACGUGAUGAUCGGGUCGGAGGACGAGAUGGAGAGCGUCAUGAGCGGGCCGCUGUCCGAUGACGGCCACGAUGACGGCCACGCGCAUCAUGCCGGCCGCCGCCAGAGCACCUGA